CGUUUUAACGUUAAAACCGUUCUAGGAUUUCUAAAGGGAGAGGUACACAUCGUUGAGCUUCGCCACGCUGGGCAGGACGAGCGCCAUGCCGGAGCAGCAUAACAACAGCAAGAAGAAGUAUCGGCAUGUGUCCAAACCCGCUGCUGCGCGCGAGACAUCACCGCCCGCUUCUGCCGCGGUCAGCAGUAACAGCAACUCAUCUAGCACAACAACCAGCCACCGGCGUGACCUGCUGGAUGGUUCUAUUCAGGAGAUCUCGCGUCAGACGCUUAUGGAGCGUUUCCACAAACGCGGACGCGUGGAGAGUGCCAGCUAUGAUCAGCGACCUUACGAAGGACGAGACCCAUCGGUGGCCAACACUACAGUGGAGUCCAACAGCUCGUCCUUCUCUAACACAGACAACAUUGUCCCCAUCGUGCUGCGAGCGGGCCGAGCACAGCGUCAUGGGACGUUUUUAGUGCACAACGACAAGCUGUCCAGACCACAUUCGGCACCUAAUCUAACGGAACAGGCAGACGACGAAGUGAUCACACAAAUCUUUCCCGAUAUUUGCCCACGCGAGCUGCGGAUUGCAGAAGUUAAGUCAUGGGAGUGUCCGUGGAUGGAAAAGGAGUUUCCAGUCUCUCCUGAACCCAAAGCAGCGUUAUCACAACAACCAGAAUUGUUGCUAGCAGCUACGGAAUCAUGGACUUCGACACCACUUACAGCAAUUAAAGGCGUUGAUACCCCUCCUUCAACUCCGAUAACAUCUAGCAGCAAUGGUUUACAUCAGACUCAGCCCCCUGAUGAUCCAGUGAAAAACGUGAACAACACGGUGACGGAGGUGGAAAAGGAAAUCAACUCGCUGACUAACCAGCUUUCGCUUGAAGAGAAACGACAAACGCCGCAAUCACCGCUAAAGAAGGCAGAAUGGUCACCGUCACCAGGAACGCCACCUCCAGUGUCCACUCCACGGACACCUCAGUGGAAAAGUGUUGAAUCAGCGAAAAGAACUCCAGGUAGUCGUAGUGGCAAGCGUCCUCAGUUACGGCUUAAGCUGGAAGACAUGCCUACUCCUCAGCAAGCCGAAGAGCGGGCUCAGCGAGCUGCAACUCGACUCAUUGCGAAGCGAGAUGCUAUGGAAGCAGCUGUGAUUGCAGCAGCUGCAGCUUCGGGAUCAAGUACCCCUCUACAUGGACCUAGUGCUGCUCAACAGGCGAUGAUGAAAUUGAAUUUUAGUUCCAGCUCAGAAACGGAUCUUCCAUCUCCAAGCGAUGGCGGACGACAUAGUGCAGGAAGUGCUUAUUCUCCCAAUCAUGGCAUGUUCACAACCAGGAACGUUGCUAUAUCGGAGGCUGGCAUUUCAUCUCCUGAUGCUGCGUGUCUCCAUCUACAAGAAAACCUAGAGCGUGUAAAAGAGAUCGGCCGUGGAGCUUCUGGCGUGGUAUACAAGGCUAUCCACAUCCCGACAUUGAAAGUAGUCGCCGUCAAGGAUGUUCCCGUGUAUGGGCGAGGUCAGCGUCGGCAAAUGGUCCGAGAACUCCAUGCGCUUUAUUCAAACCUUGUACCCAUGGCAAAUAAUGAUAACCCGGUGCCUAAACAUCCUGCUGCCCGGAAAAACACCAGCAAUCCCAAAGCGAAGCCCAGUCCCUACAUCGUCUCCUUCUACGAUGCAUUUGUCGAUCGUCCCAAGAAUUCCAUCUGCAUGGUCAUGGAAUACAUGAGUACGGGGUCACUACAAGAUAUCGUUUUGCGCGGUGGCUGUCAGAAUGAAAAGGUAUUAGCGCGGCUAGCAACUGGCGUGUUGCAUGGAUUAGCCCAUAUCCACAACAAGCGAAUGGUUCAUCGCGAUAUCAAGCCGCACAACUUGCUUACGAACAGACAAGGCGAAGUCAAGAUUUCGGAUUUUGGUUUGGCACGCACUCUGAAUGAUAACUCCACCUCAACAAAAACUUUCGUGGGCACUCUUCUGUAUAUGGCCCCUGAACGGAUAGGCGGUGGCGAUUAUUCCUACCCAGCUGAUAUCUGGUCCUUUGGGCUUGCCUUAAUAUCUGUUGCAUUGGGUCGCUAUCCACUUCCAACCCAGGAUGGAUUUUUUGGCUUGGUUGAUUCCGUUUCGAAUGAACAAUGUCUUAAAUUACCCGCACAGUCAUUCUCCGAGGAAUGUCGCUCAUUCAUCAAUCAGUGCCUAACAAUUGACCCAGACGAGCGCCCAUCUGCAAAAACACUCCUUCAACAUCAUUUCAUUCACAAAUACACCGCGGAAGAGACCAUGGCUGAGUGGAUAUCGUUCGUCGACAGAAUACACCUCUGUGAGGAGCGAGGUAGUGAGCUGGAAUCUCUGAGUGACGCAGUCUAUCGGCACAUGUAUGAGCACUCGGUCAAGUUCUCGCAUUUGCCACAGGUACGUUCAUGAUGCUGUAUCCCCCUGAGUCAAAACGUUUUAUUUAAAGGUAUUGGUGGAUUCCUGCUUUGCUUUCAGUCCGACUACGGCGUAUCGUUUGUGUCACAAGCGACCCCGACGUUUUCUCGACGAGAAAUAUCUCUUCAGCAAGUUCAAAUGAGUUUACAGCUCGGCUUGGCAAAUUACUUAAAUGUCCCGGUGCAUUUGGUGUACGAGAAAUUCGAAGAGAAACGAUGCUUUUACAGCGACAAGUUACUGGAAGAUUACUGUUACUCCCCACAGAGCUGGACGGCCUCACCUGGUAUUGCACGACGGCAGCAGUUUGGCAUCGGCACUGAUAGUCCGCAGUGCACACCAAGAGAGAAGGGUUCGUUCUGGAGAAAGUUGCAGGAGAGUAUGGCAAAGCUUGGUCAUAGCAAACGCAGAAAAGAACGAGAAAGAGGGCGCUCAUCGGCGGGAUCAUAGCUUCAGUUCGGCAGUGUACACAAUAACACUUGAGCGGCAACGAUAAGGACCAAGCCAAGAUUGUUGGGACAACACACACCUGAAAGGUAUGUUCUUGUCACGGAUCGACCUUGCUUGGCUCUGCAGGGUUAGAUUGUGGUGUUCUUUUGACUGCAUCCGUCGACUGGAGCUUCGCAAUGUCUUGACACGGAACUGCGAAGAGCUCCAGUCCUUUUGCAUGGUAAAAUGCUUGCGAACGAGCCAACUCACUCACAAUUUUCUGCAUUGGCAUUGAUGAGAUUGUCAACCUAAUUCGAACCCAUAAAUCAAACCCAAUGGUCGCACCUUCAUCUUCUGAAUGCGGUACCGGUCGAAGUUGUCCAUGUGUGUGUCCAGCAAGGCAUUGACGUUCUCUACUCGCCGCUUCUGGUCCGACAGCAUCCUCAGCUUCUUCUCCUUUUCCUUAGCCGAGCUUCCUCGCUGCAAUUAACUGUCAGCACCACGUCCUUCGCAUCAUCACAUCGUCACGUACCCUCAGCUCAUCGUAUUCCUUUUGCAGCUUGGCU